AUGGAGUUCCUUGAAGAAAUAUCAGAGGAAGAGUCCCCCAAAGAACGCCACACUUCCUCAACACCAUCCUGGAAGCUCACAGCCAAGGAGAUCCUGGCAACCAAGACCCAAAACUACUUUGCUCAGACUAAAAGAGCUGAGAACAUCUUGAUCCAGGUUGCCUUCUCCAUUGGUCUCAGCAGCAUAUGGCGGUUCCCUUACCUGUGUCAUCUGAAUGGAGGAGGCAACUUUAUCCUGAUGUACUUCUUCAUGCUCCUCUUUUUCGGGGUUCCCCUCAUGUACAUGGAGAUGAUCAUGGGGAAAUGUCUGCGCAUGGACAGCAUCCAGGUUUGGAAGCAGCUUGUCCCCUGGCUGGGCGGCAUUGGCUACGCCAGCGUACUGGUGUGCGUCUUGGUGAGCUUGUAUAACAGCAUUAUCAUCACCUGGAGCCUCUCCUAUCUCAGCAACUCCUUCAGUUAUCCCCUGCCAUGGGACGAGCGCCCGCUGGUGAGGAACAUCAACGUCACCGACCUUUCUUGCCUUCAGACUGUAGCCCACCAGUACUUCUGGUACCACACCACCCUGAAUGCCUCAAACCACAUGGGAGAAGAGGUCGAGACCCUCGUCCUGAACCUCACUCUGGGCAUCUUCACAGUCUGGUUCCUCCUCUUCUUAAUCAUGAUGGUGGGGCUAAAGAUUUCAGUGCAGAUGCUGAUUUUCUCAGUAUUCCUUCCCUACGUCAUCCUCCUCUGCUUCCUCAUCCGAGGUCUCUUCUUGGAAGGUGCAACCACCAGCCUCAGACGUAUGGUGACCACAGAGUUCUCUGCCUGGGCCUCGCUGGACCUGUGGCGUCAAGCAGGAGGCCACGUGCUCUAUUCCCUGGGCCUGGGCAUGGGCACCAUCAUCUUAUUCUCCUACAAGGCUGGAGGUGACAACUAUGCCCAGGUGGCCUCUUUGGUGACCCUGAUCAACCUGGGGACUUCAUUGCUGACUACGUCCAUCAUCUUUAUAGUGCUGGGUUUCUGGACCACCACCAGUGGACACGCCUGUGUCAAGCAGAGCAUCUCAAAGCUGACGCAACUGAUAGACGAGGGGGUGCUGCCUCAGAAUGCCAAGCCCCCAAAAGACAUCCUGCUGCUGCCCACCCUGGACUACAUAAAAUGGAUCAACAGUCUCCCGGGCCGUCUCCGGCAACAGGUCGUCCACUUAUCCCCAUCCUGCAGCAUCAAGGUGCAGAAGGAAAUGUUCAUGCAGGGCCCCGGCCUGGCACUCGCAGCCUUCUCCCAAGUCGUCUCGUUGUUCCCUGGCUCCUCUUUCUGGGCCAUCCUCUUCUUCAUGGCCCUGCUCAUCACAGGCUUGAGCAACUUGAUGAGGCUCUUGGAAGGCAUUGUCUUUCCCCUCCAGAACUCCAUCUCCAUCUUCAGGGAUUAUCCCAGGAUACUCACAGCGAUCGUCUGCUUGGGAGGUUUUCUGGGCAGCCUCAUCUUCACCAGUCGUGCUGGCAGCUACAUAAUGUACUUGUUUGAUGACCUCGUGGUCCCACUGUCCCUCGUCAUCACCGUGGUCUUCCAGAACGUGGCCCUGGCCUGGAUCUACGGAGCUGGGAGGUUCAGGGAAGAAAUGUUCAGUGAGAUGGGCCGCCCUCUGUGGCCCUUCUCCUCAUUCCUGUGGUGCUACGUGACCUUGCCGGGGCUGCUGGCCCUCCUCACCAUCUGCUUCAUGCAGCUCUUCCAGGGGACACACCUCUACUACACUGCCUGGAACACCAGUGGGAACAAGGAAGUAAAACAUCUCUACCCGCAGAACAGCCUGGGCUGGGUCAUCUUCCUCAGCGUCCUCACCUUCCUGCCGAUUCCAGUCCACCCACUCCACCAGUGGUGGUCCCUCCAGGAGUACGUUGCCCCAGAUCCCUUUGAAAAACUAAUGUCUAAAAAGACACCCAUGGUGUCCUCCAUGUCCUCACAGAGGCCGAAGCAUCACUCAAUGAAGUCCCAGGAGAGAACCAGCAACACCUCAACCAGAGGGUUAAGUAUGUCUUUACUCAGGUCCCCGAAACCUGAGCCAGAGUGCCUCAGCCAGGACCCAGUCAAGUAUGAGAGCUCUUCCUGGUUCAGCCUGCCACUACUGACCUCCCUGUCGUCUUCCUUGACCAUAAGGAGUGCCAGCCUCCGUGUCUCAAGGCAGGUGAGCCCAACCUCGGUAACUGCAGACAACAGCAACAAGGGCAGUGAGACCCAGGAAGAAAGCCCAAAAGAGAAAUCUGUUCAGUAA